GUGCAGAGUGACACACAGCCUCAGUCCGGACAGCAGCUGGGAGUGGACAGAGUGGACAGUGGGCGGAUGGUGCAGUAAACACGGUUUUUCAGAGGAGGGGUGAGAAAUGUCCGACUUGUCCGGCAGGUGGGAGACGGUGUGAUUGGACAGUUUUGGGCAGAGAGUGACCGCUGGGAUGGGACCCUCGGGGAGGUCCAUGUGGCUCUUGCGGGUCAUCUUCAUAGUCGCCGUGGUGAUGUUGUCAUGCCGACCGGUGUCCGGGGGAACCCGAACUCUUCGAGGAAGUACAGGGUCGUAUCAGGUGAAGCAGGGUACGUGUGAGGUUGUAGCGAUUCAUCGCUGCUGUAAUAAAAAUAAGAUUGAGGAGCGCUCUCAGACGGUUAAGUGCUCCUGUUACCCUGGACAGGUUGCCGGGACAACUCGUGCCCAACCAUCCUGCGUGGAAGCAUCCAUUGUCCUGCAGAAAUGGUGGUGUCAGAUGCAUCCGUGUCUGGAUGGUGAGGAAUGUAAGGUUCUGCCAGAUCUCACUGGCUGGUCCUGCAGCACUGGCAACAAAGUCAAAACUACCAAGAUUGCCGUGAGCCCAGGGCCCGAUCAUUCCGGCGAAAUCCGAGAAAGGCAAUUUGUGCCGUGGGGCGGCACAGGUGCUGCUUCCUCACAGGUCACACGAUAG